ACAUGGCUGCUUUGCCAGUGUCAAGAUCUGGAAGUACAUCAUUGGCUGACUUGCUUCAGGAGCACCAGGAAAACAGUGCUAGCCACUGUUAUUCUUUGGCUGAUCUUUACACCCAGUCAACAGCAGGUCUCACUGAUAUGAAAUUAGGAACCUCACCAUUAUCACAACUAGUAAGUCAACCCCAAACUUCAGGUGGGAUGCCAGAGCUAACAGGAUCUUUGUCUUCUUUAGCCCUCUCUAAAGUGUCUCCACUAAAGGAGGUUGAGAAUUUAUCACUCUUGGAUUUAAUAGCGGAGACUAUUGAAAUAGAUAAAACUCAGCAAAGGACAGACUUCCCCAUGCUCAGUGCAACUGAAUUGAAGCCCUCUAAAAGAACCAGCAUUGAUUUAAGUGUCCUUGUGAAAAAUGCAGAUGUAUCUGCAGAACAAAAUGUGGAAGGACGAUCAAAUAUCUUAAGCCCCGCAACUAAACUUUUAAAAGAAAAGCAAGGAAAAUGUUCUAGUUUUGCCAAAACAAAUAAAAAACCCAGGAGAGGGCUUAAUCCUAAGACGCAGGAUUUGUCGCUUUCCUGGAUGAAGGCGCUGCGUGCAAGACCUUCAGCUUUUGCUUUAACCUUGUGUCUCCGUUAUCCUCCCAAAGGUUAUAAGCGGCAUGCAAUUGGUAUACAUAAAGCUUUCUUAUACAGUAGACAAGUACAAGAUGUAAAACCCAGGGAAACUGCUCCUGUAAUUGCCAUAACACCAUUUGACUUCAAAUCAGCGUCUCCUGAUGAUAUUGUGAAAGCUAACCAAAAAAAAGCUUUUACAAGAGAGUAG